AUGCGGCUGAACUCAGAAGUCUCCGGCGACAGCCACCCGCCACGGAGCGUCCCCAGCCGCCUUACUAGCUCCACAUCUUUGGAAGCGCAGCUUCCGUUUGCUGCCCGAGCUCAAAGGGGGAUCUACUCCGAAGUCUUGAGACCAACUCCCAUAAAAGAAGUGCAGCUGGCCAAUCGAGGACCUCCAGAAAGAGUUUUUGUAACGGGGCGCCGUGAGUUGCCAUUCUUACCAGUUGGAAACUUCCGCUCGACGGGAGACGCCGGAAGAGUUCUGGCGGCGCCUGUGCCCCUUGCUGUGGCGAAUGCCAAGCCGAAAGUGAUCGAGCCGUUUGAGCAAAUUCCCGCGCAUGCACCCCGAAAAGUAACGGUAGAAAGGCGUAGGCGUCUCUACGCCUCUCUCGACAUUGAAGAACUGCUUCUUGAGAGAGGCAUCGACUACGCCAACCCAGAGUUCGACUCACAGAGAUGGCUACCUCUCGAGCCAUUCGACGACUCGACGUACGACGACCGCAGCCCUGAAGAGUGGAUCAGUCUCGGCUACGACGAACAUGGCCAGUUUCUUCCCCUCGAGGCGAAAGGCCUCUGGUGGAACGACGAUGGAUGUGCAAAGUGGAAGGAAUGUCACGUCUACGGGUUCGACCAGGAAACAAAAACCUUUACAGUGCGCUGGGUCGCUCUCGACGGAGGGCAAGGUACUGACUCAUCGACCACGCGGUUGCGCAUGCAACUACUCUUCAAUGUUGAAGACCCUGUGAAAUUCGCGAAUCGCCUCGCUGCCGCUCACCAAUCGCGGCGAUGGGCUGAGAGCCUGAUCCAGUACAACUACUACAUUGACAACAUGCCGACGGAGGACGUCAGGGCCCUGGACGCGGACCAGGAGAAGCGUAUUGCGGCCAGUGCGCAGAAUAUCCAGAAGAUUCGCCAAGCGAGGAACCUUUCUGUGAAGCCCCUGCUGAACGAGAUCAACCUCAUGUUUGCGCGAACCAUGAACAAAAUCGCGUUGGACAAGCACAUGACCCGCAAUCGACUCGACCCCAUGUACAAAGACCUAGAGCUCCCCCCGCGGCCUCUCACUCCGCCCCCUCCGGAAUUCGGCGUGGUGGACACGCCUCCCCAAGAUUUCACAGGAAUUUUCUCGUCGUUCUGCUUCUCUUCGCUCUACGUGAAGCCCGAGGUGAUUCACGCCCUGACGGAAAUCCGCGCGGAGUGCAACGCCAUCCUUGGCCGCUGCAUCUUCAAUGUGCAACUCAACAAGGCGAUGAAACUCGAAGAAUUCAAACAGACGCAGCGCUCGUCGAUUAGUCAGCUGUCGUUUGACUUGCAAGAGACGUGGGCGCAGAGCGUUCAGCGCAUCGUCGUGAAGCACUUUGCAGACGUCAGCAAAGGGUGGUUUAGCAUCUACGAGACGAACAAGGAGACUUACGACUAUGGCAAGGUCAAGAAAAUGCUGCUGGUCGCGAGUUUCCUCAUGCAGGACAGUCUGCGGUACAUGACCAUGGCGUCUUUGGAGGCGUUCACGCAGAUGCUGGAGUCGUAUCGGCCGCAGGAAAUUACCAUUUCCUCUGUGUCGGAGGUGCGAGCGCCCCCCGGCAGGCGUGGCUCGCCCGCCGUGUCCUGCUCCGGAGACGGGAGCGUCGAAGUGGAGAACUGCGGCAUUUUCGCUUUGGAUUUGACGCGAUCUCCGGACGACAAGAGCUUCCAGUUCAACGUUGCGCCGACGCACUUCCUCAGGGCCGUCUUGGACAUCUUCGAAAAAGGGAUUGUGCAGAUGGGUGACGUGCCGCAGCCCGAGAAGCUCAUUCUGCCACAUCUCUUCAAAAACCAGCCGAAGCAUGUGCUCGCCUCCGUCAGUCUAGACGAGCCAGGCGUCCAGGAAUAUCGCCGCCGAGUCGAACAGGCCGUCUCAUUCUACUUCCCCCACCUGGAUCGCUUUCUCGCUCUCUUCGAGGCCUACUUGGACAUUCUUCGUCUGAGCCCCGACGAGACUGUCCAGCAGAUUGAGCAGAGAGUCAGCGGCGCGAGCGCCAGUGAGCAGCUCAAGCAACUCGCAAACGAAUACUUCCAGAAAGAGACGGAUCUGACGCAAGAAAUCCCUGAUUUCACAGUUAUUGGGGCCUUCCGCCUCAACUGCUGCGACAUCAAGCGCUUCCUCGCCCAGAAGCUGCACGCAGUGGGAUCUCUCAUUCUCGACGUCAUCGCGAAGAGGUUUCGCGACAACUGCACCCAGACGCUGGACCAGUUCCGAGGUAUCUUUGCGACGCUGAAGAAGCGCCCACGAAACAUCGAAGAGUUGACAGACAUGAAGGAGUUCAUCGGCGACAUUCCCUUGAAACUGGAGCGCCUUGCCUUCGAUAUCAAGUCUAACCUGCGCACCUUUGAGAUUCUCGAGGACUUCAAAUACAAACUCUAUUUGGAAGAUCACAGCAUUCGCUGGAAGAUGUUCGGUUCCCCGCUGGAGACGCUGACGCUCAUGGCAGAGACCGAGGUGGCCCUGGACAAAGAGCGGCAGAAGUUCCUUGAAGACCUCCUCACGCAGCAAACAGAGUUCGAGGAGACCCUGCAGGACCUCGAGGGCAUCGUCGCGAGCUUCGCACAGUAUUCGGAGAUGUCCAAGUUGGAGGAAAUCAGCGAAAACGUGGCCUCCGUCAACGAGCGCAUCGAGAUGAGCGUGAAGGCGGCGAAGUUGUACAAUACCCGAGAGACUCUAUUUGCGCAGCCAGUCACAGACUACUCGCGCGUCCACAAGCUCGUAAAGGACUUUGAGCCGUUCUCGAAUCUCUGGACGAUUGCCUUCGAGUGGUCUAAGAGCAAAGUUCAGUGGUAUGAGGGUCCGUUCGAGGCGAUCAACGCGCCCGCCAUGGAGAAACAGGUGUACGGCGACUUGAAAAAGCUGCACAAAGUGACGCGGGUCCUGCGCGAGAAGGAGUUUCUCGAGGUUCUCGACCGCGCGGAGACGAUUCUCCACGAAUUUGAGCGCUUCGCGCCGCUCGUGCCCGUCGUUGUCGCCCUCAGAAACGAAGGCAUGCGCGACAGGCACUGGGAGAAGGUCUCCGAAGCCCUCGGUGCGCCGAUUUCUUCAGAAAUGGAGAACUUCUGCCUGAGGCACUUGCUCGAGCUGAAAGUCGCGGAUUUCUCGGCCGCCAUCGUGGAGACGGGCGAGCUCGCGGCGCGCGAGUUCCUCAUUGAGAAGGCGCUCAAGAAGAUGAAGGUGGACUGGAAGGUGGUCGCCUUCAACGUCAAGGAGACGUACAGGGCGACCGACACGUACAUUCUGCGCGGAACCGACGAGAUCCUCGCGCUCUUUGAUGAACAUAUCAUGACGACGCAGACGCUCCAAUUCUCCGCCUACAAGAAACCGUUCGCGGAGGAAAUCGAGGCGUGGGCGAGCACCCUUCUGCUGGCCUCAGAGACGCUCGACGAGUGGCUGAAAUGCCAGCGCUCGUGGAUGUAUCUGCAGCCGAUCUUCGAGUCGCCCGACAUCAUGAAGCAGCUUCCCUCGGAGACGAAGCGCUUUAAGUCGGUGGAUACCGCCUGGCGCGUGUUGAUGCGCCACACGAGCGAGAGCCCCGGGGCACUGGCUGCGUGCUCGGCGUAUGGGCUGUUGGACAAGCUGCGCGACGCCAACAAGAACUUGAACAAAGUCACACACGGCCUGGAGUCCUACUUGGCGCUUAAGCGGAGUCAGUUCGCGCGGUUCUACUUCCUCUCGAACGACGAGCUGCUCGAGAUCCUCUCCGAGACGCAGGACCCCACGCGCGUCCAGCCCUUCCUCUGCAAAGUUUUCGAAAACAUCAACAGGCUCGUCUUCGACGACGCGAUGAACGCCGUCGCCAUGCUCUCUGCCGAGGGCGAGCGCGUGGACUUCCCCCAGCCGCUGAGCACGAGCGAGAAGAGCGUCGAGCGCUGGAUGGGCGAGCUGGAGGCGACGAUGAGGCAGGCCGUGUGGGAAGUGCUGCUGCGCGCAACGACGGCGUACGCGGACGCGAAGCGCGUGGAGUGGAUUCAGCAGCACCCCAGUCAGGCUGUGCUUAAUGGAAGCCAAAUUCACUGGACAAGCGAAGUCGAGGAGGCAAUUCAGACGCAGACGCUCCAUACGUACCUGCAGAAACUCAACCAGCAGCUGAUGGACCUCGUGGCGCUCGUUCGCGGGCGUCUGAACAAGAUGCAGAGCAUCACCGUCGGCGCGCUGAUUGUCAUCGAUGUGCACGCGAAGGACGUGGCUCAGAAGCUAUUUGAGGCGCGCAUCGCGUCGCCGUCGUCGUUCGAGUGGAUUUCGCAGCUGCGCUACUACUGGCGCGACGAGAACUGCUGGGUGCAGUGCGUCCAGUCCGAGUUCCCCUACGGCUACGAGUACCUUGGCAACACCUUCCGCCUCGUCAUCACCCCGCUCACCGACAUGUGCUACAUGACACUGCUCGGCGCGCAACAACUCAACCUCGGCGGCGCGCCCGCGGGGCCCGCAGGGACGGGCAAGACCGAGACGACGAAGGACUUGGCGAAGGCUGUCGCUCGCCAGUGCGUGGUGUUUAACUGCUCGGAUAUGAUGGAUCACCUGAUGGUCGGCAAGUUCUUCAAAGGCCUCGCAUCCUCCGGCGCCUGGUGCUGCUUUGACGAGUUCAAUCGAAUCAACAUCGAGGUACUGUCGGUGAUUGCGCAGCAGCUGUUGAUCCUCUUCGGGGCGAAAGCGCAGCUCACCGACUUCACUGAGACGACGGAAAUCGAGUUCGAGGGCUCCAACAUUGUAGUGUUCCCGACCUUCAACGUAUUCAUUACGAUGAACCCAGGAUACGCGGGCCGCACCGAACUCCCAGACAACCUCAAGGCUCUCUUCCGGCCGAUGGCCAUGAUGGUGCCAGACUACGGCAUGAUUGGGGAGAUUAUGUUGUACAGUUUUGGGUUUGAGAAGGCGCGGGAGUUGGCGCGGAAGAUGGUGGUGACGUUCAAGCUGGCCUCCGAGCAGCUGUCGGCGCAGGAUCACUACGACUACGGCAUGCGCGCGGUUCGCUCGGUGAUCAACGCCGCGGGGUUGCUGAAGCGCCAGCAGCCUGAGAUGGAUGAGCAGCAGCUUCUCUUGCGGGCGCUGCGCGACGUCAACGUGCCCAAGUUCCUCACCGGCGACUUGCCGCUUUUCGAAAAUAUCAUCGUCGACCUCUUCCCCGGGGUCGCACAACCCUGCGUAGACCGCACGCUGCUUCUCGAAAAAGUCCACGCUCUGGCGCGCGAAGCGAACCUCCAGACCGUUCCCGCCUUCAUCGAGAAGCUGACGCAGCUCUACGACACCGUGCAAGUUCGCCACGGCCUCAUGCUCGUGGGGCCCGCAGGCGGAGGGAAAACCGAAACCUACCGCCUGCUCGCCAAGGCGAUGACGGCGCUGAAGGGCACCGAAGGCUUUCAAGCCGUCCACAUCAACACGUUGAAUCCGAAGUCGCUGACGAUAGGACAGCUGUACGGCCAGUUCAACGACCUGACGCACGAGUGGAACGACGGCGUGGCUGCGGUGCUGCUGCGGCAAGCUGUUCGCGACACUUCGCCUGACUUGCACUGGAUUAUGUUUGACGGGCCCGUCGACGCGCUCUGGAUUGAAAGCAUGAACUCAGUGCUCGACGACAACAAGAAACUCUGCCUCAAUUCGGGAGAAAUCGUCGCCCUCACCAACCGCAUCACGAUGAUGUUCGAGGUGGAGGAUCUAGCGGUGGCCUCGCCGGCGACGGUCAGCAGGUGCGGCAUGGUCUACAUGGAGCCUCAGGCCCUGGGCCUGAGCGCUCUCGUCGCCUCAUGGCUGCACACGCUGCCGCCGACGUUCUCGGCGGAGGCGCGCGAGCUCCUUUCGCAGCUCUUUGACGCCUUCCUGGAGCCCGCAGUUUCGUUUCUGCGGGCUCAUUGUAAGGAACUCAUUCGCACCGUGGACAACAACCUGUGCGCCUCGUGCCUGACGCUUCUUGACUGUCUCCUCGCGCCUUUCUACCCCAUCGAGGACCGCGUGCCCUCCAAAGCUGCGCUGGACGGCCUCGCCAGCAGACUGCCCUCUGUCUUCGUCUUUGCGCUAACCUGGUCGGUCGGCGCGACCACGGACUCCGCUGGCCGUCAGAAGUUCAACGCGUGGCUGAUGGAGUCGCUGGCGGAUCAGCAAGUAGCGCUUGCUUUUCCUAAGGACGCCACGAUCUACGACGCCUGCUACGGCGUCGAGGAAGGCGUGUGGCGGCGGUGGGAAGAGACACGAGACGCGCUGGUGAUUCCGAGAGACGCGAGCUACGAGCAGAUUGUUGUGCCGACUCCCGACUCCAUCCGCAUGACGCACGUCCUCCAGACGCUGCUGCAGAAGAGCCGACACGUCCUCUGCGCAGGCCCCACAGGCACCGGAAAGACAGUCAACAUCGCCGAGUUCCUCUGCAAAGGCGACCCCGAACGCUUUGAGACGAUCGCCGUCACCUUCUCCGCGCAAACUCACGUCAAUCACACGCAGGACAUGAUUGAUGGGCGCAUGGAGAAGCGACGCCGAGGCGUGUUCGGGCCCCCAGCCGGCAAGACGGCGGUGAUUUUCGUGGACGACUUGAACAUGCCGCGGAAAGAAGAAUUCGGCGCUCAGCCGCCCCUCGAGCUCCUUCGGCAGUGGUUUGACCACAAGGGCUGGUACGACCGCAAGAAUCUCACGUUUUUCGAAGUCGUGGACUCGGUUUUCGUCGCGGCGAUGGGGCCCCCGGGCGGCGGCCGCACCGAGAUCUCGAGUCGCGUGCUGCGCCACUUCAACCUCCUCACCUACACGGCAAUGGAAGACGCCUCCGUCGCCACGAUCUUCACGACGCUCAUGCGGCACUUUUUCAGUCCCUUCUCCGAGGAGCUGCAGGCUGUGGCACAGAAGCUCGUGAAGCCGUCCAUCGAGGUCUUCGGCACCAUCUGCCGCGAACUGCGCCCGACACCUUCGCGCUCGCACUACACCUUCAACCUUCGCGAGAUCUGGAAGGUCUUUCAAGGCGUGACCUUCCUCUCGCCCAAGGUCACGCGCAGCAAGCUGCAGGUCAUCAAGUGCUGGAUCCACGAAAACAGCCGCGUGUUUGGCGACCGGUUGAUCAACGACGAGGAUCGGGCUUGGCUCCGGGACCUGCUGCUCGCGCAAGCCAAAACGCACUUUGGGUUCACCGAGAAAGAAAUUUUCUCGAGAGAUCGUCUGGUCUUUGCGGACUUCUGCGAACCCUCCGGCGACCGGUACUACGAGGAGGUGACAGAUUUGCAACGGUGGAAGGCGGUGAUUGAGGACUUUAUCAGCGACUACAACGCGACCAACAGCGUUGGCAUGAACUUGGUGGCUUUUCUCGAUGCCUGCGAGCACGUUUCGCGCAUCUGCCGCAUUCUGCGGCAGCCCUCAGGGCAUGCGCUGCUUCUCGGUGUGCGGGGUUCAGGCCGACAGUCGCUCAGCCGUCUGGCUUCGUUCAUCAUGGACUGCGAUGCCUUUCAGGUCGAGAUCGGCAAAGGAUACGGGAUGAACGAGUGGCGAGAAGAUCUGAAGACGUGCUUUUUACGUUGCGGCCUCGAGCAGAAAAUCCAGACGUUCCUCCUGGAGGAGUCGCGGGUCGUUCACGAGGAGAUGCUCGAGGACAUGAAUAACGUGCUCAACUACGGCGACCUGCCGAAUCUGUACAGAAAGGAAGACCUCGAAGAGAUCCUGAAUUCUUGCAAGGGCGUGUGCACGCAGAUGGGUAUGGCGCCCACCAAGACGAACAUUUUCAACGCAUACGUGCGGCGAGUGAAGGCGAAUUUGCAUGUGAUUCUCGCGAUGAGUCCUGUCGGCGACGCCUUCCGCACGCGCCUGAGGAUGUUUCCCUCGCUUAUCAACUGCUGCACCAUCGACUGGUUUUCGGAGUGGCCUGCGGAGGCGCUGGUUUCGGUCGCGCGACUGCAGCUGGAGAGCGAAAAUCUUUCGCUACCGGACCAAGAUGCGGCGAUCGAGGUGCUUCAGUUUCUGCAUCGGUCUUCUCAGGAGGCAUCGAAGACGUUCCUCGCGGAGAUGCGCAGGCAGGUCUUUGUCACGCCGACCUGCUUCCUCGAGCUCCUCCGCACUCUGACAGACACGGUCAAGUCGAAGCAACUAGAGCUCACCACGAUUGCAGAGCGAUUCGAAAAGGGACUUGGCAAACUCGAAGACGCUGCGCACCAAGUCGAAACCAUGCAGCAGCAGCUGCAGGAAUGGCAACCAGUGCUCAUCGCAACUUCGGAGGAGGUUGAGCAAAAGAUGAUUCAGAUUCGCAUAGAUCGCGCGCUCGCGGACGAGACGAAGGUGCGCGUGGAGCAGGAGGAGGCGGAGGCGAGCGCGAAGGCAGCUGAGACCAAGGCGCUGAAGGACGACGCUCAGCGCGACCUCGACGAGGCGCUUCCCGCGUUUGAUCAGGCCGUCGAGUGCCUCAAGAAACUUAAAGCCGAGCAGGUCCGCGAAGUCAAGGCCCUGACCAAACCGCCUGCCGGCGUCCUCCUCACUAUGGAAGCCGUCUGCAUCAUGUUUCAGGUGCAGCCGGUGAAGAAGCCGGACCCCAGUCGUCCAGGCGGAAAGAUCGAGGACUACUGGGAGUCCGCGCAGCACAAGCUCCUGAAGGAUCCCAAGAAGCUCCUCGAAGAUCUCCUCAACUACGACAAAGACAACAUUCCAGACACGAUCAUCGCGCGCAUCGCCCCGUACAUCGAGCGGCCGGAUUUUGACCCCGGGGCGAUCAAGAAGGCGUCGGUCGCGUGCGAGGCGAUUUGCAUGUGGGUUCGCGCAAUGGUGUGCUACUACAACGUGGCGAAGGCCGUCGAGCCGAAGCGCGCGAAGCUCCGACUAGCCGAAGAGGAGUUGAGCGUCACCACGCGGAACUUGAACGCCACCAAAGCCCGGCUCCAGGAAGUCGAGAGAAAGAUCGAGAGACUCGCGGAGGAGUUCGCCGUCGCCAUGGAAAGAAAGGAGCAACUGACGGCAGACAUCGAGAUGUGUCAAGUGAAGGUGAACCGCGCACAGCCGCUCCUCAUGGGCCUCAGCGACGAAAAGGAGCGGUGGACUGCUCAGGCAGAGACCUCCACGCGCCUGUACGGCCUCAUCCCCGGGCACGCCAUCGUGAGCGCCGGCAUGAUAACGUACGGCGGGCCGUUCUCAGCGGCGUAUCGAGCAGAUCUUGAGGCUGCCUGGUUCGCCAAGCUGGAGGACGUGGGAAUUCCCCACACGGCCGGCUGCAACUUGAGGCAGUUCCUAGGCGAUCCUGUGAAGAUUCGGCAGUGGAACGUCGCAGGUCUCCCGAACGAUGAGCUUUCGAUUGAGAACGGGAUCAUAAUCGACCGCAGCCGGCGGUGGCCUCUGAUGAUUGAUCCUCAAACGCAAGCGAAUCGGUUCAUCAAGAAUAUGGGCAGAGCCAGCGACCAAGGAUUCGAGACUUGCAAGCUCACGGAGGGAAAUUUCCUGCGCGAAAUCGAGCUCGCCGUCCAGUUCGGCAAGUGGAUGCUCAUCGACAAUGUCUCCGAGACGCUCGAGCCGGCCUUGGAGCCGAUCUUCCUCCAGCAGAAGUUCAAGGACAGCCAGGGCUGGAGCGUGCGCCUUGGCGACAAGCUCGUGCCUUGGUCUCCGCACUUCAAGCUGUUCAUGACGACCGCCAAUCCGAAUCCGCGCUACCCGCCCGAAGUUUUCGCCAAGCUCACCAUUCUAAACUUCUCUAUCACGCCAGAAGGGCUGGAGGAGCAGAUGCUUGGGCUCGUCGUGUCUCUCGAGGCGCCGGACUUGGAGGAGAAGAAGAAUGCGCUGGUGCUGAACAACGCGAAGAUGACAAAGGAGCUGAAGAACCUCGAGGACAAGAUUCUCCAGCUCCUUUCCCAGUCACAGGGCAACAUCCUCGAAGACGAGGUGCUCAUCAACACCCUCGCUGCAUCCAAGCGAACAGCGGCCGAGAUCAACCAGAGAGUCAAAGAGGCCGAGGUUACGGAAGGCGAAAUCGACAAAGCCAGAGAAUGGUAUCGCCCCGUUGCGUUUCGGGCGAGUCUCUUGUUUUUCUGUAUCGUCGACUUGGCGAGUAUUGAGCCGAUGUACCAGUACUCUCUUCAGUGGUUUCAGGCGGUCGUUGGCAUCGGCGUCGAGGAGGUCCCGCCUACAAACGACAAGGAGGAAAGGCUGCGGAAUCUGAACGACCACAUUACGUACCUCAUUUACGAGAACGUGUCGCGCUCGCUUUUUGAGCGGCACAAAAUCCUCUUCUCCUUCUCUCUCGGCCUCAAGAUUCAAGCUCAGCACCCCGUAGACCACUGGGAACUCCGCUUCCUUUUGACCGGUCCCACCGGCGAACCAGGCUUCAGAGAGGCGAAUCCGACCUCGUGGCUGAGCGACAAGCAGUGGGAAGGCAUCUGCGCACUCGCAGAGCUCCCCGCCUUCCUCGGCCUCGACAGCUUUUUCGUGAAGGCGCCAGACGCGUUCAGGGGCGUCUACGACGCCGGCGAAGCCCACGAAGAGCCCUUUCCCGGCCGGUGGGAUGAACUCACUCCGAUACAGAAAAUGUGCAUUUUGCGCCUGAUUCGGAGCGACAAACUGAUAGACGCGGCAGUGAACUACGUGUCGAACGAGCUCGGUCAGCGAUUCGUGGAUCCGCCGACGUUCGAUCUUGCGCGGUCCUACAAAGACGCGUCCAAUGUCACGCCUCUGAUAUUCAUCUUGUCUCAAGGUUCUGACCCUGUCGCCAGUCUCUUGGACUUUGCGAAGGACAUGAACAUGGGAAGACGGCUCGAGUCGAUUGCGCUUGGUCAAGGACAAGGUGAAAAAGCGCGGAGACUCAUCGAAGAAGCGUGCAAUCGCGGCGGCUGGGUCCUCCUUCAGAACUGCCAUCUGGCGGCUUCUUGGAUGGCGGAACUCGAAAAAAUCUGCGACAGCCUCAAAAAAGACGAAGUUCAUCGUGAUUUCCGGCUGUGGCUGAGCUCUAUGCCCUCAAGGAAUUUCCCUGUGUCGAUUUUGCAAAACGGGGUGAAGAUGACAAAUGAGCCGCCAACGGGCAUCCGCGCAAACAUGCUGCGGCUGUACGCGUCCAUCGAUGACCGUACCCUCGACAGCUCGAAGAAACCCGAAGAAUUCAGAAAGCUGAUGUUCGCCUUCUGCUUCUUCCACGCCAUUGUUCAGGACCGUCGCAAGUUCGGACCAGUUGGAUGGAAUAUCCAGUAUGAAUUCACAACGGAGGAUCUCAUUGUGUGCCAGAGGCAGCUGCGGAUCUUCCUCGAUUCGUACGACGAAGUGCCUUAUAAGGUCCUUAUCUUCUUGGGAGCCAAGAUAAAUUAUGGCGGGCGCGUGACCGAUGAACAUGACAAGCGUCUGAUCGAGUGUAUCCUGACAUCAUACGUGAACGAGCACCUUAUAGAAAAGGGAUCGGCCUACAAAUUCUCCUCCUCUGGUCUCUACUAUUGUCCCGAUGCAACCGACCAGGCAGGAUUCGUAAAGUAUGUGCAGGGCCUGCCGUUGAAUUCCAGCCCGGAGGCGUUCGGUUUGCACGAAAAUGCAAACAUUAAAUUCGCGCAGAUCGAGGGCAUGCAUCUCCUGAAUUCGAUUCUUUCCAUGGCACCGCGAAGCUCAGGGGGAGGCAGAAGAACACGUGAACAAGAUGUCGAAGAAACAGCCAGUCAGAUCCUUGAGAAGCUUGCGGGAGAGUUCAACAUCGAGGACAUACAACGAAAGUAUCCGACGUGCUACGAAGAGUCCAUGAACACUGUGCUAAUGCAGGACGCCAUCAGAUACAAUGGGCUGAUUAAGGUCAUGAAAAAGUCGAUCGUGCAGUUGCAAAUGGCACUAAAAGGAAGGAUAGUCAUGACCGAGGAGCUUGACAAAGUUGCUGAUGCACUCUUUGACAACCAGGUUCCAAAGUUGUGGGCAGACAAGGGCUUCCUCUCUAUGAAGCCCUUGAGCUCGUGGACGAGGGAUCUCCAUAGUCGUAUUUCUUUCAUACAGAAGUGGAUUGAUAGUGGAGUUCCAGUCUGUUUCUGGAUCUCCGGACUCUUCUUCCCUCAAGCUUUCUUGACUGGCGUGCUACAAAACUAUGCAAGGAAGUGUAGGAUCGCUGUCGACCGCCUGUCAUUUGAGUACAAGCUGAUGGACGAUCUAGAUGCUACAACAGUGAAAGAACGUCCACACGAAGGGUGCUACGUACAUGGCAUUUUCCUCGAAGGCAGCCGAUGGGACAGAGAAAAGCAUCUCUUGGCUCCAUCCAAGCCCAAGAUCUUGUUUGAGGAACUCCCGGUGCUAUGGUUGUUGCCAACGCCAGAUAGGGCUCCUCCCAUUACCGGGAUAUAUAAGUGCCCCAUCUAUAAGGUUCCCAGUCGAAAAGGGACUCUGUCAACGACGGGCCAUUCAACUAACUACGUCAUCAGCGUUGAGCUGCCCACUUCAGAUCCUGAGGCGGUCCCCAUCAAAGCCGGAGUGGCAGGAUUUUUGUCUCUGCAGGACUGA